AUGAAGACCUUGAAACUUUUGUCAGACUAUUUCACAUCCAGUCUGCAGAGAAUUGAUAUUCCUGAAGAGCAACAAGAGGAGUUACUGUUCAACUCAUGCUUCAUGGGCAACAGAAAGAUGGCUGAAAUGCUGCUCAACCGUGGCACUGUUCCUACACUAAAUACAUUGACUGCAGCUGCAGCAUCACAUACCGAUGACGAUGAACUGUUUGAAGAGGUGUUGACUUUUCUACGUGAAGAAAGCGUGGAUGAUGUUGGAGCUAGGUUAUUUCUAGCACUUAAAAAAGAAAAGUUUAAAAUAUCCAGUCUGUUGAUUAACAAAGUAAGUGGAAUGCCGGACUGUCACUCUUUUCUUGAACGAGCUGUCAAGAUGUUGUUAAGUCAAUGUAUUGUGAAAUUCCUCAAGUUCCAUAGUAAUUCGCAAACUGAAGCGGAGAUUCUAUUUGAAAAGUUGUACAUGUACCUAGACACUAACGACUAUGAUACUGCCGUUGAACUAGCAGCUCGUCACUGUAGUGCAGGUAUUCUGAAAAAGAUUGUACACAUGAAACCAGAGUGUCUGAAGGGAAAUACAAAGCCUCUUCAUAUUGCGUUGGAGCGAGGCUGUGUCGAUUCGGUUGCUUUUUUGAUUGACUAUUAUCCAAACAUAGAUAUGCAACAAGCAUUGAUAAUAGCAUUAUAUAACUCUUCUGAUGUGGUUUCUUAUCUGCUGAAGAGAGGAGCUGACGCCAACUUUCUUGAUGCUAAAAAAAACUCCCCUUUACACUUGGCUGUUGAAUUAGAUAAAUUCGACAACAUAAAAACAUUACUUGAAAAUGGAGCAAACGUGAAUGUGAAAAAUAAGAUAGGAAACACUCUACUUCAUGUACUAUCAGGAAGCGAAACUGAUGGUGCAGUGAAAUUGUUAAGAUAUUUAAUAGAACAUGGAUUGGGCUGUGAUGUAGACACCUCAAAUGAAUGGGGUGUGACUCCACUUCACAUAGCAGUAGCUCAUCGUAGGAUUGAAGUUGUGAAAGAAUUAGUUUUACAAAGAGCCAGUUUGGAUGUGGAAGAUGUAACUGGCAAUACACCACUUCACACAGCAGCACUUUGUCAUUCAUGUGAAGCUUUGUCUUAUCUAGUGCAAAAAGGAUCUAAAGUAAAUGCUAAAAAUAAACUUGGCAGAACACCAUUACUGGACUUCUGCACACGUUAUUAUAAGCCAUUUGGAUGCAAGUAUGAACUGCCAGAGUCCUGUGACUCUUUGAAAGUACUGCUUAAACAUGGAGCAAACCUAAAUGAUACUGAUGAUUACUUGAAUACAGCACUUCACCUUGCUGCACACAGUAAUGCUGUGGAAUAUGUGAUGUAUCUAGCUCAAACAGGGUCAAACAUAAAUGUGCACAAUAAAAUAGGUAGGACACCGUUACACCUGGCAGCAGUUCCAUGCUCUGAUAGAUGGUACUAUUUGAAAGUUGUAAAAAAUUAUUUUGAAAAUUUGACACGCUCAUUGCAGGAAUGUUACAUUGAUGUCAGUGCAUUAGAUAAAAUGGGAAAUACCAUAAAGAUUACCACAAAUACACUGAACUGUUUAGCAUAUCUGAUGAAAAAAUCAAAAUCAGAUAUUCCAAAUAAUAUUCCUGUAAUAUUCCUUCAUGUUUGCAAUUUGAUACCGAUUUCUUACAAUUUAGAAAAAGCAUUCAGUAAAUCAUGUGAUACAGUAAACAACUUGAUUGCAUGUGGAGCAGAUGUGAAUGCAGUUGAUGAGUUUGGAAACAGUCCACUUCAUAUUGCUGCCAAAUGUCACUCUAACAGUGUUUUCUCUCUGAUAAGAAAUGGAUCUGAUGUAAACCUUGAAAACAAGAAAGGAAGAACACCACUGCAUGAAGCAGUCAGACAUGGUGUGCAUAAUAAAUCUAUUUUAGUACAUUCAAAACCAUUAUUGAUAGUGCAUAAAUUAGUUGAAAAUGGAGGCAACGUAAAUGCCAAGGAUGCAUUAAAGAACACCCCACUUCAUAUUGCAGCAGAAAUAAGUUACCUAGAAUGUGUGACUUAUCUAAUCGAAAAAGGAGCCAAAGUAAAUGCAACUAACAACCAUGGCAGGACGCCACUUCAUUUGGCAGUCAUUCCCGUUAUUUUUGUUUAUGUUGAUCAGUUAAAUGAUUUAAGUGGUUCGAAUAAGGACUGUUUAAACUUCGUCCAAUUACUACAUGAAAAGAAAGCUGAUCUGAAUGCUACAGAUGUAUUUGGUAACACUGCACUUCACAUUGCUGCAGAAAGUAAUUCGUUUCAAUGUGUAAAGUAUCUAACAGAACAGGGACUGGAUGUGAACUUGCAGAACAAAACUGGUAAGACAGGACUUCAUUUAGCAGCAGAAUCUGACUACUCGGAUGUGAUUUUAUAUCUGCUACAUUCGGGAGCUGAUCCUAAUUUGAGGGAUUCAGACGGGAACACGCCUCUCAUUAUUGCAAAAACGUUAGGUGCAGUAGAAUCAGUGAGAACAUUGCUUGAAUAUAUUGAACUAGAUUAACUGCAGAAGAUGAAUCUUAUGACAUUCCAUUUGACCUCACAGAAAGUGAAUCAACUUCAUGUGAAACCAGUCUAACUGCAGAAGAUGAAUUUUGUGACAUUUUAUUUGACCUAACAGAAAGUGGAUCCGAUAUACGUGUGUAUGCAGUUGAUAUGUUUGAAAAAUUCUUACUUCAUAAUGCUGCAUAUAUGUAGAUGUUACUUUGCCAGUGAAUUUUUGUUGUUGGGGAUUGUUAUAAGAAAUGGAUCUGAUAUAAACCAAGAAAACAUGCUGUAUCAUCAUUUCAAGGAGGCAGUGCUGUAUUGGGAUCAAGCAAUAAUUCAUUUUUAUAGAAGUCAUGACAUUGUUCUGAGGCAUUGUUCUAUUAUAUUGUAUGUUGGACAUAAAAUGUGCACUGAAAAUAUACUGCCAUAAUACCAAAGCAGGAUAGAUAAUUUAAGUACAAAUUACAAUGGCUAGAAAGUAAGAAAGAAAUUUAUUUGAAAUCCAAGGAUAGACCUGCCUACCAGUACGAUUUGGUAUAAUUGUAUACAUAUCUGUAGCUACAUUUAAUUCAAAAUGCAGACGAGGAAACGGGACAAAAUCAGUUUGGAUGUGCACGCAAUAAAAAAAACCCGAUCUUUGUUCUGCCCAGGAGAGUAAGGACACCAGUGCCAAAUGUUUUUAUAACAAGGCUCAGCAUAAAUAUUGCUUGUUUCCUGUUGGUAAAUCAACCCUAAUUUUGACCUGGCCUGUUUCUGACUAUUGACUGAUAUUUUGUUUACAUUUACCAGCUAGAAUUUUGAUGCGCUAGCCUUAUUUCAUUAGAAAAUGAUGAUAUACUUUGUAGUAGAAACUGAUGACACUCUUUAUAGUAAAAACUGAUGACAUUGUUUAUAUAGAAAGUAAUGAAAUACUUGGUAGUAGAAAAUGUUAUACUUUGUAUUAGAGAAUGAUGAAGAUGUACCUUGUAGAAGAUUAUGAAGUAGAAGCAUUUAUGAUGUACACGUACCUUGUAGUAGAAGAUGAUGUACCUUUUAGUAGAAAAUAAUAUUGUAUUUUGUAAUAGAAAAUGACAAUGAUGUACUAAUAGAAAAUGAUGACUUACUUUGUAAUACAAACCGAUGAAAUUCUUUAUAGUAGAAAGUAAUGAAAUAUUUUAUUGUGGAAAACUUUGCAGUUUUUAUUAGAUGAUGAUGAAGAUUUGCAUUGUGGAAGAUGAUGACUGGUGUACUUUCUAGUAGAAUACGAUGUAUUUUGUAGAGCGAAAUGAUAUUGUAUUUUAUAAUAGAAAAUGACAAUGAUGUGUCUUGUAGUAGAAGAAGAAGAUGAUGUAAUUUCUAAUAGAAAAUAAUGAAGUUCUUUGUUGUAACCAAUGAUGUAGCUUGUAGGAGAAAAUGAUGAUGCUAUACCUUGUAGUAGAAGAUUAUGAUGUAAUUUGAAGUUGGUGAUGAUGAUGUACUUUCUAAUAGAAAAGUACGAGGACGUACUUUGUAGUAAAAAUUAUGAUUACAUAUUUUAGUCAAAAUGAUGAUAAUGUAUUUCAUAGUAAAAAUUAUGAUGACCUAUUUCAUAGUAAAAAUUAUGAUGAUGUAUUUAAUAGUAAAAAUGAUGAUAAUGUAUUUUGCAGUUAAAAAUAUGUACUUUGUAGGAGAAAAUGAUGAUGAUGUAUUUUGAAGUCGAUUAUAUUUUACCUUGUAAUAGAAAAUGAUGUUAAUGUACCUUUUAGUAGAAGAUGAUAUAUCUUGUAGUAGAAGAUUAUAUACUUUGUAGUAGAAAAUGAUAAUGUUGAUACGUCUUGUAUACAAACCUAUGAUGAUGUACUUGGAAGUAGAAAAUGAUAAUAAAUUAUUUUGCGAUAGAAAAUGAUGAUGUAUUUAAGACCUGAAAAUUGUGAAAAUAAUCAUACCUAGUUUUUCGUAACCCAUUUUUCAUUAACAAAGUAAAAUGAUAAUGUUGAUACAUCUUGUAUACAAGCCUAUGAUGAUGUACUUGGAAGUAGAAAAUGAUGACGAUGUAAUUUGUGGUCAAAAAUGAUUGUGGUGACUUCAUGGUACAAAAAUUAUGAAAUACUAUAUGUCACAGAAGAUAGUGAUAUAAUGUUUUUGUUGAUGAUGAUGUACUUGGAAGUAGAAAAUUAUAAUAAAUUAUUUUGCGAUAGAAAUGAUGAUGUAUUUAAGACCUGAAAAUUGUUAAUAUAAUCGUACCUAGUUUUUCGUAACCCAUUUUUCAUUAAAGUAAAUUUAGAACAUCAUUUACAGUAUCAUGAUAGGUUGCACAAAGAGGAAAUGGGUUACUAAAUGUAGAACAUCAUUUACAACAUCAUGAUAGGUUACACAAAGAGGAAAUGGGUUACUAAAUGUAGAACAUCAUUUACAACAUCAUGAUAGGUUACACAAAGAGGAAAUGGGUUACUAAAUGUAGAACAUCAUUUACAACAUCAUGAUAGGUUACACAAACAGGAAAUGGGUUACUAAAUGUAGAACAUCAUUUACAGUAUCAUGAUAGGUUACACAAAGAGGAAAUGGGUUACUAAGUGUAGAACAUCAUUUACAGUAUCAUUAGGAAAUGGGUUACUAAGUGUAGAACAUCAUUUACAGUAUCAUGAUAGGUCACACAAAGAGGAAAUGGGUUACUAAAUGUAGAACAUCAUUUACAGUAUCAUGAUAGUCACACAAAGAGGAAAUGGGUUACUAAAUGUAGAACAUCAUUUACAGUAUCAUGAUAGGUCACACAAAGAGGAGAUGGGUUACUAAAUGUAGAACAUCAUUUACAGUAUCAUGAUAGGUUACACAAACAGGAAAUGGGUUACUAAAUGUAGAACAUCAUUUACAGUAUCAUGAGGAAAUGGUUACUGAAUGUAGAACAUCAUUUACAGUAUCAUGAGGAAAUGGGUUACUAAAUGUAGAACAUCAUUUACAGUAUCAUGAUAGGCUACACAAAGAGGAAAUGGGUUACUAAAUGUAGAACAUCAUUUACAGUAACAUGGGGAAAUGGUUACUGAAUGUAGAACAUCAUUUACAGUAUCAUGAGGAAAUGGGUUACUAAAUGUAGAACAUCAUUUACAGUAUCAUGAUAGGCUACACAAAGAGGAAAUGGGUUACUAAAUGUAGAAUAGUAUCAUGAUAGGUUACACAUGAGGAAAUGGGUUACUGUUUUCAUUCUUUGUGUUGUGCAAAUUUUCAGUUCUUAGAGGACUACUAUUUGGUAGAAACAAAAAUUAUGAUGUAUUUUGUAGCACGAUAUGAUAUGAUGAUGAUAUACUUUUUAGUAGAAAAAGACGUUUUCAUUAAAAAUAAAUUUUGAUGCAUUUUGCAGCACGAUAUGAUAUGAUAAUGAUAUACGUUUUAGUAGAAAAUUAUGAUAUUGUGUUUUCAUUAAUAAAAAUUGUGAUGUAUUUUGUAGCACAAUAUGAUAUGAUGCUGAUAUAUGUUUUAGUAAACAAAUGAUGGUGUCGCUUUCAUUUUAAAAAAUAUGAUGUAUUUUAUAGCAUAAAAUACUUUUCAAUAGAAAUUAAUGAUAUCGUUUUCACUAACAAAUGAUGAUGUAUUUUUUAGUACAAAACUAUAUGAAUAUGAUGCACUUUUCAUGAUUUACUGCAAAUUAAAGUGAAACUGUGUCACAGGCAUUGUGACGACCCAGGAAUACCGAGUGUCUCGUAAAUAUCAAAUUUUACUAAUGAA